UUCUUGAGAAAGACAGAGAUGGAGAGUGAGAUGAGUCCCUCAGGUGCUUUAGGGGAGUUGGUAACAGUUUUGAGUAUUGAUGGUGGCGGAGUUAAGGGUUUAAUCCCUGGAGUCGUGCUUGCUUUCCUUGAGGCUGAAUUGCAGAAGCUGGAUGGGAAGGAGGUGAGAUUGGCCGAUUACUUUGAUGUUAUCGCAGGAACGAGCACUGGCGGCCUAAUAACCGCCAUGAUCACUGCUCCUGACGGCAACAACCGUCCUCUCUAUGCUGCCAAAGACAUCGUUCCGUUUUACCUUAAGCAUUCUCCCAAGAUAUUCCCUCAUAAAAACAGUGGGGGAUUGCUUGGUUCGGUUGUAAACCUUUUCGGGACAGUGGCAGGACCUAAGUAUGACGGAAAAUACUUGCAUUCCCUAUUGAAACAAUUUCUUGGAGAUACCAAAAUGCAGCAAACCUUAUCCUCCAUUGUUAUACCUGCCUUCGAUAUAAAGCUUCUUCAGCCUGUUAUUUUCUCAACCGGUGAGGCAAAAAGGGACGUUACAAAGGAUGCGUUGUUAGCAGAUGUGUGCAUUGGUACAUCUGCUGCACCCACAUAUUUUCCGGCUCAUUACUUCGAAACCCAAGAUUCACGAGGCAACAUCAGGAGUUUUAACCUCGUAGAUGGUGGAGUUGCAGCCAAUAACCCUACGCUACUGGCGAUGAAUACGGUCACAAAUGAUUUAUUAAUGAAACGUGAAGAUUUAGCACCCGUCAAAGCCGCGGACUACAAAAAAUACUUGAUUUUAUCUUUAGGGACAGGAAAUGCUAAGAAUGAACAGAAAUACAGUGCCUCAGUUGUCUCAAAAUGGGGUGUUUUAGGGUGGUUAUAUGAUGGAGGUAUUGUUCCUCUAAUUGAUGUUUUUACUCAAGCAAGUGAAGAUAUGGUCGAUAUUCAUGUUUCUACUCUCUUCAAAGCAUUCCAAAGCCAGAAAAACUAUCUACGCAUUGAGACAGAUGACUUGGAAGGAAACACCUCAUCAGUGGAUAUAUCAACUGAGGAGAAUAUGCGAAAUUUGAUUAAAAUAGGCGAAGCUCAACUGGAGAAAGGCUUGUCCAGGGUUAACUUGGAUACUGGAAUGUCUGAGGUGGUUGAAGGGGCAGGCACCAACAGAGCCGCCCUAAUUCGUUUUGCCGAGGUUCUCUCCAAUGAACGCCGGGCAAGGCUAGCCAAAUAUGCAUGGCAAUCUGGUAGUUGAACAUUUCGAACGGAGUCGUGUAGAGUACUAUUCAAAUAAGAAAUUCCUAAAAAGCGGCACCCAAUAGAAAAUCCUCAUGUGCAGUUACUCUUUACCUCUGUUGUGCCAGUUUGUUCGUGUCAUUGUGUGUUGCAACAACUUUUGAUGCUUGAGUAUUGCAUCAGUUUCCAAAUAUAAUAUGUAAAAACAUCGACUUAAUUGACUAUCAUUCGUUUUAUUUAGAAUCCAUUAAAAUUCAAGAUUUUGGGCAUAUCACUCUCAUUUUUUUAAUGAGAAAAUAUGUUUCCCAAGAAGAAAAAAUUCUAUCAAAAUGGUUGGAUUAUAAUCUCAUUACCAUUUUUUCAA